AUGGAUGAGUCUGACGAUCAGCGCGACACCGAGCUGGGGUCUCUGUCGGCCAUCUUCCCAGAGAUCCAACUCGACGCGCGGGACCCUCACAGGUUUUCGCUCGAGGUCCCCGUCCACCCGUCCGAGCCCGUCGUCGUCUAUUUUCCGGCACCAGCUAGUGGGCCGGUGGAUAACCCGGAAGCUGGAGCUCUAGGAGGACAGAUAGACUCUCACGGUCUAUCCCAUCUACCUGCUGUUCGACUCGAUAUCUCACUUCCCAAGGGGUACCCCGAGGCAGCGCCCCCAGACAUCACCAUAUCGACGUCACCGCCAUGGCUUCCAGCCGAGGUGAGCAAGAGGCUGGGAGCCGAUGCCACCAGACUAUGGGAAGAGAUGGGUCGAGACAGCGUCGUCUUCACUUACAUCGACCACGUGCAGCAAGAGGCAGAGAAUGUCUUUGGGUUGGUGGGCGAGAAGGGGAAUCUCGAAGUGGAUGCACAGCACAAGAUCGCCAUCCUGGACUACGACAUCAAAGCAACGAGAGCAGCUUUCGAGAAGGAGACAUUUGAGUGCGGAGUGUGUUUAGACCCUAAAAAGGGGUCAGUCUGUCAUCGCAUGCUAGACUGCGGUCACGUCUUUUGCGUGCAGUGUCUACAAGACUUCUACAACAACGCCAUUACGGAAGGUGACCUGGCCUCGGUCCGGUGCCUGGAACCUACCUGUGCAAAGGAGCGGGGAGCGGCUACGGCGGGUAAGAAGCGCCGGAAGCCCAAGACCUUCAUCAGCCCCAGCGAGCUGUUACAGAUCCCUCUCGAUCAUGACAUGGUCACUCGCUACGUGACGCUCAAGUACAAGACGGAGCUCGAGUCCGACAAGAACACGAUCUACUGUCCGCGGUCCUGGUGCAACGGCGCGGCCCGCUCCAAGCGCCACAAGAAGCCCGAGGGCUUCGAGCUAGCGGAGGCAUCCGGCGACUCGGACCCGGAAGAGGAGCCGGGACCCGGUGACCAAGGCGGCAGCAGCGACGCAAAGAAGAAGGCGCACAAGGUCCCCGAGACGGCCGACCUGCUAGCCAUCUGCGAGGACUGCGGCUUCGCCUUCUGCAGCCGCUGCUUCCAGACCUGGCACGGCGAGUUCUACCGCUGCACCCCGCGGCGCGACAAGGGGGAGCUCACGGCCGAGGAGCAGGCCUCGCUCGAGUACAUGCAGCUGCACACGACGCCCUGCCCGACCUGCGCCGCCCCGGCCCAGAAGACGCACGGCUGCAACCACAUGAUCUGCUACCGCUGCCAGUCGCACUUCUGCUACCUCUGCUCCGCCUGGCUCGACCCGGGCAACCCUUACCAGCACUUCAACCAGGCCCCCGACGGCCGCGUCACCGGCUGCUACAUGCGCCUGUGGGAGCUCGAGGGCGGCGACGGCGACGACGUCGGGUACAACUUUGCUGGAGGGCCGGGCCUUGGCCCGGGCCCUCCUCACCCUCCUCCUCCUCCUGCUGCUGCUGCUGCCCAGCUGUAUCUAGUCGAACCUCGCGCUGUCGUGGUCGAGAUAGAGGAACCCGAGGACGGCGUCGAGGGCGGCCUUGGCGCUAUCCACGAGGUCGUCGCAGCAGACGGCGGGAAUGGGCGACGCCAAGACGACGGGCAGGCAGGCAGGGCGGAGGUCGCUCGUGAAGGGCCGCUGGUCCUGCGGAUAGCCGCAGAACAGCCUCCGCGUCGUGAUCAGGCUGUUCCUCCUCCUGCAGCGCCUGCCCCGCCGGGACCAGGGGCAAGGCAUCGAGGAGGAGGACAGGUCGCUAACCGGGCGCCACCACAUCAGCAGCAGCAGCAGCAGCCGGGAGGUGCAGCAGGACCGCGGCGAGGAGGAGGAAGAGGACCACCAGCCGGCCAGGCUGGUGGUCGCGGUAGAGGAGGAGGCGGUCACCGGCAAAAUCAAAACCAGAAUCACCAGAUUAACCAGCGCCACCACAACGCCAACGGAGCUCGGAACGGGCAGGGAGCAGCUGGCCGAGGAGGAGCAGCGGCGGCAGCAGCUGGCCCAGGCCAAGUCAGGGGGGAGCAGGGCGCUAAUAUAGCACCAGUAGGUGGUGGCGUGCAGGAGCUCAACGAGGCGCAACAGGCAUGGGUCAGGCACUUUGUACAGCUCGCUCUCGAUGACAACGAGGAUCUCGUCGAAUCUGACAGCGACGAGGACGAGGAGCUCAUCUUUUGGCCUGAGGGCUUUGGCCAAUGA